AGUGCUGGGGUAACAGGCGUGAACUACUGUGCCCAGCCACAGUUACUUCUUUAAAGGCACGGUGGAGACAAGCAAAGGAGAGGCUGUUGUUAGUUCAACUUGUCUCAAAUGUGAAUCUUCAGGCCCUUUUUUGAAUGUCUUUGGGUUUUCAGAUAGUUAAAUAGUGUUGAAUUUUAAAAGGCUUAGUCUAGGUAUGGAUAGUCUGGAGUUAGAGGGCUGAGACUUUCUUAUCCAGGUGGACUCUGCCCUGAGCAGGUUAAGUAUGACUGGUGGGUUUCCAUUUCUCCUGUAGUGGAGACAGGAGCCAUAGGGAAGAUAACUCUGGAGCAUGGUAGUGUAGACACCAGAGAACAUCCCUGUGGCACUGGUAACUAGGAUGCUUCAUUGAGAUUACGUCCUUAUCAGAGCUGAAGUAUAAAUCAUAUCUACCACCAUGCUAAUUCAUUUUGUUCAUGAGUCUGCUGUGUCUGUAAGGUUGUCUGUUUUAUGAACCAAGAUCCUGAAGCAAUUCAAAUGCCAGUGUAAAUCAGCCAUGCAGUGGACGAAAUGUGCUUUUCCAUCUGAGAUAUUUGUUCCCUGCAAUCAAAUAGUAGGAGUGCACCAGAAAGCUAAGGGUAGUAGGAGGUAAAAAGGAAUGAAUCAUCAUCAUGAAGAACCUUGAUUAGAUUUUUCCCAUGAAAUGGAGACGUGAAGGAGCAGGAUGGAGACUGGAAAAGAAGAGGAGGUUGAAUUUUUGUGCCCCAGGCAUUCUCAGUUCGGGCACAGAGAUGAACACUCAUCUGCUCCAGCAGGGAAUACUGGGAUCUUCAGUGGCAGGAGAAGGAGUAAUCAGAAGACGGAGAUGAAUUUUAACACUAUUUUGGAGGAGAUUCUUAUUAAAAGAUCACAGCAGAAAAAGAAGACAUCGCCCUUAAACUACAAAGAGAGACUUUUUGUACUUACAAAGUCCAUGCUAACCUACUAUGAGGGUCGAGCGGAGGUUGUUCAUGAUGCUAACACACUUUACAUUUUUGCACCUAGUCCACAAAGCAGGGACCUGUGGGUGAAGAAGUUAAAAGAAGAAAUAAAGAACAACAAUAAUAUUAUGAUUAAAUAUCAUCCUAAAUUCUGGACAGAUGGAAGUUAUCAGUGUUGUAGACAAACUGAAAAAUUAGCACCUGGAUGUGAAAAAUACAAUCUUUUUGAGAGCAGUAUAAGAAAAGCACUACCUCCAGCACCAGAAACAAAGAAGCGAAGGCCUCCCCCACCAAUUCCACUGGAAGAAGAUAAUAGUGAAGAAAUCGUUGUAGCCAUGUAUGAUUUCCAAGCGACAGAAGGACAUGAUCUCAGAUUAGAGAGAGGCCAAGAAUAUCUCAUUUUAGAAAAGAAUGAUGUUCAUUGGUGGAGAGCAAGAGAUAAAUAUGGGAAUGAAGGAUAUAUCCCAAGUAAUUAUGUAACGGGAAAGAAAUCAAACAACUUAGAUCAAUAUGAAUGGUAUUGCAGAAAUAUGAAUAGAAGCAAGGCAGAGCAACUCCUCCGCAGUGAAGAUAAAGAAGGUGGUUUUAUGGUAAGGGAUUCCAGUCAACCAGGCUUGUACACAGUCUCCCUUUAUACCAAGUUUGGAGGAGAAGGUUCAUCGGGUUUCAGGCAUUAUCAUAUAAAGGAAACAACAACAUCUCCAAAGAAGUAUUACCUAGCUGAAAAACAUGCUUUUGGCUCAAUUCCUGAGAUUAUUGAAUAUCAUAAGCACAAUGCAGCAGGACUUGUCACCCGGCUUCGGUACCCAGUUAGUGUGAAAGGGAAGAAUGCACCCACCACUGCAGGAUUCAGUUAUGAGAAGUGGGAGAUUAACCCUUCAGAACUGACCUUUAUGAGGGAAUUGGGAAGUGGACUGUUUGGAGUGGUGAGGCUUGGCAAAUGGCGAGCCCAGUACAAAGUCGCAAUCAAAGCUAUUCGGGAAGGUGCCAUGUGCGAGGAGGACUUUAUAGAAGAAGCUAAAGUGAUGAUGAAACUGACACACCCGAAGUUAGUGCAGCUUUAUGGUGUAUGCACCCAGCAGAAACCAAUAUACAUUGUUACCGAGUUCAUGGAAAGGGGCUGCCUUCUGAAUUUCCUCCGACAGAGACAAGGUCAUUUCAGUAGAGACGUGCUGCUGAGCAUGUGUCAGGAUGUGUGUGAAGGGAUGGAGUAUCUGGAGAGAAACAGCUUCAUCCACAGAGAUCUGGCUGCCAGAAAUUGUCUAGUAAGUGAGGCGGGAGUUGUAAAAGUAUCUGAUUUUGGAAUGGCCAGGUAUGUUCUGGAUGAUCAGUAUACAAGUUCUUCUGGUGCUAAGUUUCCUGUGAAGUGGUGUCCACCUGAAGUGUUUAAUUAUAGCCGCUUCAGCAGCAAAUCAGAUGUCUGGUCAUUUGGUGUUUUAAUGUGGGAAGUAUUCACAGAAGGCAGAAUGCCCUUUGAAAAAUAUACCAAUUAUGAAGUGGUAACCAUGGUUACUGGAGGCCACCGACUCUACCAGCCGAAGUUGGCAUCCAACUAUGUAUAUGAAGUGAUGCUGAGAUGUUGGCAGGAGAAACCAGAGGGAAGGCCUUCUUUUGAAGAUCUGCUGCGCACAAUAGAUGAACUAGUUGAAUGUGAAGAAACUUUUGGAAGAUAAGUGAUGUAACCAGUGGCUCCCAGAUUCCAAAGUGCAAGGAAGGAUGGGCACUUUGUGGCUUUUAAUUUAUUGAGCACUUGGACAUGUAGAUGGUUUUACUUGUAAAGUGGAAACACAUAAAGAAUGUGCUUCUAGACGGAAUCUCCCAGAGUGUUUCCACUUAGAAACACUUUGUUGCCUUAGAAAUGGUGAUUAAAAUCACUCAUUUCUAUUCAUUCCUCAGGCACUUGAGUGACAGUUGUUUACCAGGCACUGUGUAUAGCCCCAGGGUUUGGCCAUUUAGGGGUGCACACAUGGGACCAUGUUAGCUGAUGCCAGUUGAAGGCCAGGGUAUUUGGGAAGGGGAAGGGUAUUAGAGUAAUGACCCAGCAACCCUUCUUUUUCCCUUUGACUUCUACAGAAAUCUGGGCCUGAGACAUUGUCUACAAUUGGGUUCUAGAUAAAUCAGGAACCCACCUAAAUAAGUACCCAUCUUUUGUUUUGAAAACAUCUCAGUUUUCAAGACUGCUCUUAGUAUUACAUGAACAAUAUUUGUAUGCUGUAUAUAUUGUAAACAUAUGUAAUAUAUAAAGUUAUAUAUUUAUAAGAAACACGAGUUGUCUUUUAAUUGAAACUUUUAAUCCUGUAGUAUAUGAGCUCACCUUCUUAGGACUAGAGACUGUGCCUAACAGCUGUUAAUUCAUUUCCCCCUGAACAUCAAAUAUACCUGAAGAGAAGAAAGUCUAGACUCUUCUAUGAGUAACCCCCCCUCCUCACUCAGGUAAAUGUGUCUGGGGAUGCCUGUCCAGCUUAACCACGUGCAUUUGGCCUAUGUAAUCCUGCCCAUGGUGGCCGCAGCUAAUCAAAAUCAGAUGGAAAAUUAAACUAGGUAAUCUACUUCUAAGCCUUAAGAAUAUUCCCUGGGGCACAGGCACUAUAAUUGGAAGUGCUGGGCUCUAGGGCAGAAGGAUCAGGUGACGUUCACAACAAAGUUUGCCCCCACCUCACGCAGGGCCCAGAAGCACCCCAAGUUGUGGUGGAGGAUCCAGGAAGCUACCAAGAGAAACAGCGAGCAUGGUAUUCUGAGCUGGCUCCCGCACGUUUUUCAGGAGGCCUGGUUGGACUUGGGUUCCUGGAUGGGUAGGACUGUUGUACCUCACAGGAGACCCUGCUGUCAAGACUCUGUGUGUGGAUUUCUCACCCUUAGAAGCUCUACUAAGACAUCAAUGGAGUUAGGGCCUGCCUUUUUUCCUCGUGAGCACCAAGGAAAAGAAAUUAUCUUGGUUACGUGAGUGCCAGUGAAACGAAACUAUAUCAGUCACCCAGAGACUGUUUAUUGCCCAACACGUUAUUCUUGCUAUUGGUGAGGUAACUAGCUGAGGAAGACACAGUGCCUUCCCUUCAGGAGUUCCGUCUCCUCUGGAGGCUGCGAUGGUCUGCUCUGGAGCAUUGGGUGAAUACACAGACUGGCUGCUCUGGGCAGCACCUUCACUUUGACCCUGGAGAACCAUUUCAUUUCAUCCUGGCCAGUCUAGAGUCUGUGCAGCAGGCAGUCCAUCCACUGAAGGCUGUGUUUUUUCUUUUCCUGUGCCCCUUGUAAUGGAAGAAAGUAAACUGCUUAUUCUGAGCCUUA